AUGUUUAUCAAAGCGUUUCGAGUAAAAAACAAUAUUCAAGUGAAAAGUUCAGAGGUUAAAAAACUUAAGACAAAACUUUCACAACAAUACAAAUUAAAUGAAGAUGAAUUGUCGAUUUUGUUGCCGUCUAAAUCAUCUGUUCAAUCUGUGAAAGCGACGACACAUGGAGAACAACAAUUGAUAAUUUUUACAGUCGAUAAACGACCAAUGUUCUUCGAAUUUGAAGAUAGAAUUUAUCCUACAGUGUACUGGUUAUGGCUUAUACCAUCAUGUGUUCCUUACUUUACAACUCAUCCUCAAGUUCUGCCGAAACUAGCGAAUGGUGCAAAUUUAAUGAUGCCAGGUGUUGUAAAAGAAGGCUCCGAUCGAAAGUCUUUUGGGAGAUUCCAAAAAAAUCAGAUAGUGGCUGUAAAUUUAUCAUCAAAUGCUUCAGCAGUUGGUGUUGGUGUGCUAGCAUUGGACUCUGAAGAUAUGUACAUGUCUGCUGGUCAUGGAAUUUGCGUAAAAAUGUUGCAUGUUUUUGGUGAUAAGUUAUGGGGAAUGGAAGGAAGUGUAACUCAACAGAUCCCUGUUUCAAAACCUGCUGUUAGGCAGCCGAAUUUGAACAGUGAACAAGAUUUUCCUGAACUUGGGUCAGUCCCAUCAAAUUCUCAACCACAGGAGCAAAAUGAUGAUGAUUCAAGUUCUGAAGACGAUAGUGAAAGUCAACAAAGUGAAGGAAAUCAAGCUUUAAAUCCCGAUGACAUUCUCAAAAGUAUGUUCAUGUCAGCUCUUAAGAUUAACAAGAAAGAACUUCUUAGUUUAUUACCAAUCCAAGUCGGAACUUUUUAUCCUACUUACGUUCUGAAGCAGAAACAUCCGAAUGGUGACAAGUCAGUUUCAAUCAAAGAAACAUCGUACAAGAAAGUUUCAACAUUUAUUAAACAAAUGACUGAUGAAGGUUUCAUUGUCGUCAAAGAGGAGAAUAAAGGUGUUGAAAAAAUAAUCUCAAUAAAUUAUGAACAUCCAGAGCUUGUCACACAUAUUCCUUUCAAAGUGAAGUCAGAAGAUGCGAAAUCAGAGCAAAGUUGUCAUAUGCUUUUAACGAAAAUGACUGAACUUUAUGUCGUCAAUGAAUCGACAAAGAAAAUAUUUAAUGCAUUAGGUGUUAAAGAUGGAAACGCUCUUGAUUCCACGGAAAUUAAAAAUUAUGUAAAGGAUUAUGUGUCGAGGAAAAAACUUCUAGAUCCCAUUACCAAACAAGCGUUAUUAGAUGACGUUCUUGUUGAAAUAUGUCUUGGAAAACGAGAGAACGAAGAUCCUGUUCGAAUGUCUUUGGAUGAAAUCAUAGCGAAUGUUAACUCAAAGAUGGAUAAUACUUUUGAAAUGCGAAGUCAAUCAGGGCCACUUAUUAGAGGCGGAAAGAAACCAAUAAUACAAAUAACAAUUGCAACAAGAAUGGGCAAUAAGAAAGUAACUUUAAUCAGCAAUCUUGAAGCUUAUGGAAUAAAUAUUGCAGAAUUUUCGAAAGCAUGCAAAAUUGGUGUUCAAGCUUCAACAAGUAUAACAAAGACUCCUGGCUCAAACACUAACCAAUUUCAAAUUCAAGGAAAUCAAGUUCGUUUUGUUUAUUCUCUUCUCACUGAGACUUACAAAAUUGCUAAAGGGAAUAUAUCCGGACUUGAGUUUGCAAAGAAAGAUAAAACCAAGAAAAAGUAG